AUGGGAACUGGCUGUAUUGGUGGUUUUUAUUUCACGAAGAAAGAUCAUGGUACGUGUUUGUCCAACGCCGUUUACAAGCGAUUUCCAUCAAGGCAUUUUGCACCUAAAGGUCAAGUGAUAAGGCAGUUGACAGGCGAUGGUUUGCGCAAUCCAAACUUCAGUAGCACGUUACGAGUGUGGAACCUCGACACUUCCGGUACGACUACCGUCACGCGAGUCUGCACCGUCACUUCCGGUCCCUGGAGUGUCUCUCCGAACGGCCGCUACGUGAGUAGCCAGGCCUCAACUCACUACUGCGAGGAGGACUUAUUCCACGCGGCCUGUGAACUAGGGCAACAGCCUUGUACUCUGUGCGAGCUUUCUGGUGUGAUACGAAUACCGGCGACUCUAUCCGCAGACUUUUCGCCCGAUGGAACUAUGAUCGCAUGCGCCCUUGAGAGCGCCGGGAUUGUGGCGGGUUGCGUGUUUUCGCCUGAUAGUGAACUCUUAGCUGUGUUGUCAUCACGUGGACAGGUUUACAUUUUGCGCACCAAUGGGCUGAGACUGGCCCAUUACCUGGACACAGCCAAGUACCUGGAACAACCAGAGGAUACCAUCGAACAUGAUAUUACUAGGAGCGAGCCGUGCGUUUGCGAUUUCGAUCCGCGCUUUCCGCAUUCCGUCAUCGCCACGUGCACCUUUUACAGAGGACUCGUAACCGUGUGGGAGAUAGGGAAACUGGGCCGAGCGAGCAUUUGUAAGGCGGAGUUUGGGAGAGUUUUGAACAUGAUCAAGUACGCCCCUAGCGGUGAGUUCAUAGCAGUGGCUGGUACCGAAGGAGUUGUCACGUGUAUUAACCCAGAAGACGCUUCGAUGUUGUUUGAGUUGAACACAUCAAACCAGAGCCCGCAAUCCCGCAGUACAGCGGGGGUCUAUCAACUAGCGUUCUCGCGUUGCCAGGGGAAACUGGCUGCAAGCUACAGCGAUGAUUUCAUCCGAAUUUGGCAGCUUCCUCUUGAUGUAAAUCUGCAAGAUCUGUGUCGUUUGGCUAUUAAUGAGGCCGUGCCUGCAAAGGAUAUCCAUAAACUACCAGUGCCUCCGAGGAUAAAGAGCUAUUUGUUGUACAAAACGUACUGAUAGUUGGAGGAGGAAGGAAAGCUUGGGAGUUAGCCUGCGUAGCAAUGGUCUCUCUUGAUGUUUUUGUUUUUUGUUUUGCUUUUUGAUAUAGCGCCUGUAUUAUAA